GUCGGCCUUCUUCCCCAGCUCGGCCUUCGCCUGGCGGGAGCGGCGCGGAAGGCCACCGGGGCCACCGGGGAGAGUUUAUUUUGGAUUUAGCCACCCGGAUGAAACAGCAGCAGUAAAAGAGCAUUUGGCUGGAAUGUUGUGGAUAUAUAAGGACAAUCACAAUCUUUGCAAGCAUGAGAUAUGGAAAACUUGGGAUUGGUGAAACCAGAGCAAGGAGCACCAUCAGCGGACCCUGAUGCUAAGAACGCUCACAACUUGGUUGAGUAUAACAUAAGUGACAGCAGAAGCAGUCCUUUAUUCCAGCCGGAUGUCGUCUCCAAUUUCUCGGGCAAAGUUGGUCCUUCUGCAGUAACAGAAGAGGUUCGUUUGCUGGCUUCAUCUAUGCAAGAUGCUCAAAGCAACAGGGACCCCAGAAUAUUGAAGAAGUGUGAGACCAGGUGGCUACAUUUAUUCAGCCUGGUGGAGAGGCAAUGCCAAGAGCAGAUAGUCGCACAGCAAAAAGUAUUUUGUCAUCAAAUCCACCAUAUACAAAAUGAAAUCAGACGCUUGGGGAAACUGCAAACCCAGAACCCGUGCUUGUGUGCCAAACAGGCCUCUUCCGUCAGGCUUUCAGACGGCUGCCCGUUGCUAGGAAGUCCGAUGGGGUUGAAGGCCGAGGCUUUUGAAGAAAAUGAGCUCUUUACCAGUCAGUUCCAUCCCGGCCAUGCUGACCACCGGGCAGAAGCUUCAACCAUGCACCAGGAAGGCCUUACAAACAGUGUUUCGAUAAGCAGCGGGUAUGGUACGUUGUCUACUGUGGAUCUGAGCCCCAGCAAAUGCGACGACCUUCCGUCAUGCAUGGAAAACUCAGAGACCAUGACCAAACGGCCGAAUCACCCAGCACCAGCACCGGAGGAUGUAGUUGUGGCCAGCGUUCAGGACAAAAGAGAAUGUUCACAAACCACAAUAGGGCAUCUUCCACCUCUGAAGGAGAACGAUGGCCAUGUUCCCACGCGGUUUGAGCGUCAGGUUCAUGAAGGUCAACCCGAGGAACCAAAUGGCAAGCCUUUAACCUCAUGGGCUCAAAAGAUGAAACAAAACCACCUGAAAAAAAUAAACGUGGAAGAAAAGAUGGAGCUGGAAAAAGAGCAAACCACUGACAGUACCGACACCAUCACCGCUGCCGCGCCAUCAACCACUCCGUUUUACCUCAAUCAGCAAAAUGGAAGCCAAAAUUCUUUAGUAUCUCUUUCUUCAGGGCUGACCUAUUGGAAAUUAGACGAGAAAGAAAUGUAUCAAGCGUUGCCUAAGAAUUUAGGAAAUGAAUUUUCUACCUUCUCUACAAAGGACUGCUCAGAACAGCUGUCUUCCAGUGACGAGCUGAAGCUUACAUCCUUAAAGGAUAUUUAUCAUAAGAAACAGAAGGAAGACAAGCAACUUGAGGAGUGGAAUUUCUCCCCUGUACACUCAACUCACCCCCCAGAGAUCCUUACCCUCGACCCGACGCUCCACAUGAAACCGAGCGAGCUGAACGCAGGACGGCCGUUGCCCGGGUUCUACCCCAGCCCAGAGGGGCCCCCGUUUUCUCCCGAUUCCAUGGCAGGCCCUGCUUUUUCCCUCCCUUCGGAGGCCAAUACGUUUUCUCACACGACAAGCACGGUUGUGUCCCCUCGCUCCACCGAGUCUCCCCGCUACGCCUCUCGCCCAGCAGCCUUGCACAGAGACCCCUGGGGCGGUUGUGAGUUUCAGAACGCCACCAGCGUCCCCAGCUCUCCUCAUCGGAACCGCGAGAUUUUAGACAUGGAGGACGACAACGACAACUUAACCCUCACGCCGUCUUCCGAUAACCAGUACCCGAUUCCGUUGGCCAAUAAUUGUUUGGCACAGCAUGAACUCUCCGUCGCUUGCGUAGAAGAUCCCCAGGUGCUCUCCAGGAUUAGGCAGAAUUUGAGGGAAAAACAUAUCCGGCAUAUAACUGAUCUCCGAGCGUAUUACGAGUCCGAAAUUCUCAGUUUAAAGCAGCAACUAGAAGCAAGUCAUACUGCUCCUUCCGAGGAAAUGAAGAAAAUCCAUCAAAAUCUCACGGACAGGUGCAACCAGCUAGAAACUUCUCUGCACGAAGCCAAUGGCCGUGUGCGAUCUCUUGAAAAUAAAAACAAGGCCUUAGAGAUGGAAGUAGCAGAUUGGCGGGAGCGCUUCAGUGCCCUCAGCGCCACCACCAAGUCCUUGCAGGAGCGCCUCGAAGAGACGCGCAUGAAUGGCAAGGAGAAAGACAACACCAUCAGUCGCCUGAAGAGAAGACUCCGAGACCUGGAAGAGGCCUUCGAGAAAGCCUACAAGCUCUCCGACAACAAGGAUGCCCGCUUGAAGGAAGAAAACCGGAUGUUUCAAAAUCUUUUGGGAGAAUACGAAUCCCUUGGGAAGGAGCACGAACGAGUUAAGGAUUCUUUAAAUAUUACUGAGAACAAAUUACUCGAUGCGCACACUCAGAUUUCUGAUUUGAAGAGAACCGUCUCAAAACUGGAAACGCAGGUCAAGCAAUUAGAACAUGAAAACUCGCUCAAAUUUCGUUCUCUUGCUGAGGGACACUUCGCACCAUCUUAUGCCAGCAAAUUAGAAAGCUUUGACGUGAGCAGACGAAAGUGGCUGAUCCCGGGAUCCGAAUUUUCGAUCUUCACUGGUCAGCCGUUGGCAGCCCAAGACAAUUCCACCGAUAAUCGACUGGAAAAAAGAUUCACCUCCCCUAAGCAACACUCUCCCCCAGAGACCUCUCCAAGUGGCCUCCUCACCAACGAAGCCAUCCAAAAAGAGAUCAAAACUCAAGAAGUCCCCAUCCUCAAGGCCUUUAAAGAAUUCGAAGAAAGGAAGGCUUUGAAGAACCGAGGCAUGCAGGCAGAGAAAGAGGAAAGUGCAGCAGCCGAAACCAGCAAAACAGCCGUUCGGUGUCCAGUUGUUGGGUUUGCCGAGGUGUCCUUGGGUGCGAGCCGUUCGCCCGAGAAGAGCAAAGAGCAACCAAGGCACAAAAAAUUCAACUCGUCCAGUACCCAGAGAUCUUCAUCACUCCCACCUUCAAACAGGAAGACAAACACACCAACCAAGCGAGAGACCAUGUUGACUCCGAUGGCUGUGACCUACAGCCCCAAGCGCUCCCCCAAAGAAAAUCUGUCCCCAGGGUUCAGCCACUAUCUCAGCAGAAACGAAGACACGAUGACCAGAUUUGACAUCCACUUGAAUGAGGUCGCAGCUGCCCCUGCAGUGCAGUACGGCAGCCCACGGAAGCGGCUCCAGUUUUGCUCAGGAGGUGACCCACAAGGACGGCAGCCCAGUCGCCUCGAAAGCCGCAGAGGUUCGAAGUCUUCCUCCUACCCACAGCCGCUGCAUUCCAGACCCAGCAGAGAUUCCUCGAGGGAAGGUUACGAAGAGGGCCGCUCUACCAACACCAGCGAGACGAGCUCCUCUUCGGCAGCGGCCGCACCCCCCUACGAGCCCGAAUUCAAGUACGUUUCCAGGAUUAAGACCUUGGCAGAGACCGAGCGGCUUUUUGACGAGCUGACGCAAGAAAAACAAGAGAUUGAGUCCCAGCUGAGCCGCAUUCCUUGCGCCAGAGGACGGAUGACGCUCCAGGCCCGUCUGAAUCAGGAAGCGCUGGAGGACCGCCUGGAAAGAAUCAAUCGAGAAUUGGGAUCCAUCCGGAUGACCCUGAAGCGAUUCCAGGUUUUACGCACUUCCACCAACAUUUGAAGAUGACGAUGAAGAUACAAACCCCUUUAUUUGCACUAAAGUAACAAUAAUGAUGCACUCUGAAAAUGCAAACCGGUUUUGUAUUUUUCUAAACCCUCCCAGGUCCUUUUUGCAAUUAUGCCCUCUUUACACUCACUCACACACACACACACCCACACAAACACCUCGAUCUUUUGUACUGAGCCACAUAUUUUCCAAAAAAUACCUAUUUUUGUUAUACCGGAAGGAGUCGAACCGUUGAUUUGGGUUUUGGUUUUUGUUUUUUUUUGUAUUUUGCUACUUUGGAAGAUGCAGGGUUGUUUUUUUUUAAACAGCAGACCUGAAUUCUUUGUAAGACGCCGAGUUUUUGAGACGUUUAUCAUGUUGCGAUUGAUUUUGAUGGUGCUCGCCCCUUUCAGAGGCCGAAAGCCAAGCUUAUGUGACGUACAUAACGCAUUGCGGACUUUUUAAAUCAAUGGACACACAGCUUCUUCUGGGGAAGUGAGCUGCAAAGGAUACAUUUCUUAGCUUAAAACGUUCAAAACUGCGUCCUCUUUUUUCCUAAGCUCCUUU